AUGGAUGAUAAUGGAGAACCGAAUGAAAUACUAUUUGUUUCACCUGAUUUGCUCUAUGACGAUGAAUCAAAGCAAUCAAUACAAUUCUCUCCUGUUCAGUCAACUAGUGAAGACAGAAUGGAUACAGAAUUAUCUCAACAAGAUGCUCGUUUAUAUUUAUCCUCUUGUGGUUAUUCAGGGCAAUUAUCAUGUGAAUCAUAUUAUUCAAAAUUAGAAUUAUUAUCUUCUCUUAUUCCGCAUCAUCAUUAUCAAAGUGGAUCACACAUGUUUCAUACAGCCAGUGACUUACGUUCAUCAUCUACUCUUUUAACAUAUAAAGAUUAUAUUAAACUAGCUCCUUUACAUAAUAUUCUCGAUGAAUGCAAACAAGUGUGGUUUUUAUGUUCAUUAACAAUAUUAAUCAAUUCAAAACCACCCAUAAUCAAAUUACCUGAGUGGAUGUCAUUAAUUGAUUCAACAUCGAAAGUAAAACAUUCAAAAACAAAAACAAAAAGCUUUCGGGUAUCAAUAUUAGUUGCACUGACACCAAGUGGAAAAUAUUCGAAUCAAUUAGUCCUUUUUCGACAAGGAAAAAUAAAAAAUAAUUUUAAAUCGUCAUCAUUUGUCACUAUUGAUGAAACAUUGACAGGUGACAUUACAUCAGAUCAUGUUGAACAAUGGUUUCAAGGUUUUACGCAAUUUUUGCAAAAACAAACAACAACAGAAAGUUUAUCAACACUGAGUGAGACGGGCCUGUUAUUGGAUCCAUGUUCAACAUUAAUUACCGAAAAUUUAUGGUCCAAAUGUCAAGAAAAUCACAUCAAAUUGUUUACAUUGAAGCGUGAACAUUAUAAAUAUCAUUUAUCAAAUUUAAUUACAUUGAUUGAAUCAACGUGGAAACAAGCAAAUCAUCUUUAUAAAAUGCGUAUGAGUAAUAUUGAUAUUGCACGAAUAAUACACACGUUAUGGUUUACACUGAGAGCAUUGAAGAAAAAUUCAGCGAUAUGUCAUUUGUUUAAAAUAGAUGGCAGUAGUCGAGUUUCAUCAACGGAUAAAUCGAUACAAGAUGAAGUAGGAAUAUGGAAACCAUGUGAUGAAUUGUACGAUCAAGAAACAAGAAAAUUAACGCCACAGAUAGUCAAAGUGAAAAAAGAAAAAAACUUUGCUAAUGUGACUAUAACUGAAAAACCAAAACUUAUUAAGAAAAGAUCAACAAUAGCAGCAACAACAACAGGAACAACAACAGCAGCAGCAGAGGAAAAUUCUGACCGUUCUGAUCGUUAUUGUAAUUUAUCAUCGGAUGAAAUAUUUGAUUUAUUAUCUAAGCGUAAAAUAAAUCUUUUUCGUGCUUCAAAACACUUGAAUAUAAAUCUGAAUUAUUUAAAAACUUCUCAUUGUUUACAAAAAUCAAAAACUUUAACAUCCGAACGUUUAAAACUUUUAAAUGAAUUUAUGCAAUCAGAACAAACAUGUCAUUGGUUGUCACGAUUAAAACAACAUGAAUUUUUAUCUUAUAAAGAACUAUUUUUACGUAUCAUCUAUUCAUAUACACAACUACGUCCUAGUAAAAAAUCCGUACCAUCAUCAUUUUAUUGUGAUUUACAAUCACCACAGACAUUCUGGAAUGAAUUUCAACAAUUACAUCAAUAUUAUAGUCCAGAAACCACUACUACACCAUCAACAACAAUUGAACAAUGGCAAACAAAUUUUUAUACAUAUCUUAAGAAAAAUCGUUUAUCAAAACAGUUAACAAAUAUUUGGACAUUUGAUUUAUUUGAAUUUCCUUUAUUAAAAAACUCGACUAUCUUGCAAAUACCUGAAAUAAAUGAAAAACGACCAAAUAAUGAGACAAUGAAAAUAAGUGUCAUCUAUUCAUUCUCAAAUGAUGGACAAACGACGAAACCAUACUAUAUAUUUCCAUAUAGUUUAAGAAAAAGCAAUGAAAAAGGAUGUAAAGAUGAUGAUGAUCAUGUUUAUAAUGAAAAUGGUCAUAUUGAUGCAACUAGUUUUCUUAAAUGGAUCAAUAAUGUUUUUCUACCAUCAUGUACAAGUCGUUCAUCAAAGAAACCCACAUUGCUCGUGUUUUGUUCACGUUUACCUGUAUUAAAUGGAGACGUAUGGACAUAUCUAGAUACAAAAUAUAUUCAUUGCUAUGGUUAUCCGUAUGCAAAUAAUUUACCUUUCCGAUAUCUUUUUGAACGAAAAAUAAGAAAUCGUUCAAUAAAUAUUUUUAAUGAAAACUGGAAAAAGACUUUAAUUGAUAAAACAGCAUUUCAUUUAUUAAAAAAUCAAAAUUGUAAUGUCAGUACCAUUAAAUAUUAUUUUAAUUUAGUUAUGAUUAAAACAUUUCGUGAUAUUCAAAUGGAACAAGAAAUAAAAGAAGAUGGAGACGAAAACAAUGAUGAUAAUAACAACAAUAGUAGUAUCAAUAAAAAUAUGGCAAAUCAUUAUAUAUUUAAUGAACGUUUUAAGGAAAAAUGCGAACGAGCAUUUAAACAAGCAAAAAUUGAACUGAUUGAAAAUGAUGAUCAGGAUGAUGCUGAAGUGUUAUUAGAUCAAAAAACACAAGGAGACAGUUGGAAUGGUUUAGAAUUUCAAGUUAAAGGAAUGAAAAGACAAUCUGGACGAACCAGUGUUAUUCAUCCACAUUUAUCAUCUUCUGCGGAGAAAAUCUUACGAAUCAAAAAAACAGCAUCAACAAAAGUAAAACAAAGUGAAACAGCAACAAGUUUGACUGCUAAACGUCGAUCACAGCCAGUACCAAAUCAUUCUCUUGAUACCGAUGUACCUCAAAAUGCUUCUUUUCAAAUGGAUCAGUUACUCAAUACCUCAUCAUCUCAACCAUCCGUUCAUAGUCCAGAUGAUCUUAUUAAACAAUUGAAUCAACUGUUAUCCGUCAUUGAUCAAGUUAAAAAUCAUUUGGGAACUGGUAGUCAAAUAUCUCAUACAAAUACAACUGAUCAUGAUUUAUAUUCGUUGAUUAUGCCAAAAGAAAAAAAACAUCCACCAACAGACCGUUCAAUUCUUUUGUCAUUACUUCCAACAAUCGAUAAUCCACCUUUGUCUCCUCCACAUUCACCAUGCAUUCCGCUACCUGCGCUACCACUUCCCCUUCUCUCUCCUACAUCCGCUUCUUCAUAUCGAAAAAUUUUACCACGACCGACAUCUGAUUCUUUUCUCAAUAGUUCAGAUACAAUUUCAGAAUGGCAUUCUACAAAUUCACAAGAAAACAGUCAGAUGAACUCUUCCAAUUCUGUACUAAAAGUUCAGAAUAUUCUUGCCAGUCAAUCAGAACUGGAUAGUAAAAAGAGUAAUUCAAUAGUACUUUCACCUAGUAGUAAAAAAUUAACAGAAGAACGAAAACGAAUUGAUUCAAGAGACGGGAAAGCGAGUGGUAGUGCUUCUAAUAAACGAAAACACCAUCACGUAGAAUCAUUAAACGAAAAAUUACAAAGUCCAGAUGUCAAUAAAGAAAAAUUAAAUUUACGACGAUCGAAACGAAUGUCGUACAAACAAGAAGAACAAACAAUAACUGAUGAACCUAAAAAGCAACGCUGUUCAGAUGAUAAUAUUCAAAAUGAAGUAAUAUCGUCAUCAAUUGAUCGAGAAAAUGUUCAUCCAUCUCAAAUGAUAGAUAUUGAGAAUGACGAAUGUAUUCGAUUAACUCCAACAUCAAAUGUACUUAUAAACACAAAUCAAUCACAUUUACCCGCUAUUCUUUCACCUACGAAAGUAAGAUUAUCAGCUGAUGAUGUGAACGUUUCUCGUACAAAACGUAAAAUAUUAUCGAAUGACAAUGAAAAACCAGAAGAACAAGAAUCUCAUAUUUCUAAACGUUUACGAUCAUCCUCAAUGUUAAAAUCUGUUCAACAAUAUCAAUCACAAUGGAUUCCACCAUCAAAUAAUAUUAUAACAUGGUUAAAGUCAAGUUCGACAUCAAUUUUAAGUCUUGUUUAUGCCUUAACUGAGUCGAUUUUGAACGAUGAAAAUAUCGAAAUUGAUGAUAAUUUAACAGAUGACCAAUUAGAAUGGGUAAAAAUGAUUGUUAGUGGAAUAAAUCCAAUGUUUGAUAAUAAUGACGAUUCGACAAAUAAAAUAUGGCAACUGAUACAAGAUACAAGUUUGUUAGCUUGGAAACAUCAAAAAGAAAAACGUCAUCUGUUUCAAACCUCAAUAUGA